GUGUCAAGCAAGUUCUUGUUUCGGUUUUGGAUGAUGAGCUGUGAAUUAUUUUAUUUUAUUCCUCUCUUUGAAUAAUUUUCACAUGGUCCCCCUCCCUUCUUUCUCUCGAUCUUUCCCAUAGUACCUUUCAUUAUUUCUCAGUCUUCUCCCUCUCCGUUUUUAGGGAGGGGAAAAAGGAAGAUGUUUUGGCCACCUUUUCACACACAAUGACUUUCCAUUUUCUUUUCGUCUUCUUCUUUCUUCUGCUCUUUGUUCUUCCCUCACUUUCCCUCAACGGCGACGGAGUCCUGUUGAUGAGUUUCAAGUCCAGUGUUCUCAGAGACCCUCUUGGCGUGCUGGGUAACUGGAACGCCGCCGACGAGACGCCCUGUUCUUGGCGAGGCGUUACUUGUGAGGAUGACGCUUCUGGUGGCAUUUCCGGCGGCGGUCUCCGGGUCACCCGCCUGAGCCUCCCCGAUUCCAUGAUUCUUGCUUCUGUUCAUGAGAGUCUUGGCAUGGUUCGGUUCCUCAGAUUUCUCGACCUCUCCAACAAUUCCAUUAAUGGGUCGAUUCCUUUGGGUCUGUUUGAUGCUUCGGAGCUCCAAAGACUUGAUUUUUCGAACAAUCGAAUCUCCGGUGAGCUGCCGGAGGCAGUCGGACGUCUCAAGAAUCUUCGUUCUCUCAAUCUCUCCGGCAACGCCUUAGGAGGGUCGAUUCCGGGGAGCUUAUGCGGACUUCAGAAUCUGGUCUCCGUUAACCUGAAAGACAAUUACUUCUCCGGGCCACUUCCCGGCGGUUUCUACGCCGUCCAAGAACUAGAUUUGUCUUCUAAUUUGAUAAACGGGUCUCUCCCGCCCGAGUUCGGAGGUGCCAACCUGCGGUACUUCAAUGCUUCAUUCAACAGACUCUCCGGCGAAAUCCCGCCCGAGUUUUCCGCCGGCAUUCCACCGGGCGCGACUCUCGAUCUGUCCUUCAACAACCUCACCGGUGCAAUACCGGAUUCCAGCGUUUUCUUGGACCAAGACGCGAGAGCCUACUCCGGUAACGCAGGACUAUGCGGCGUCCCACUGGAAAACCUCUGCCUUUCACCGGCACCGACCUCGCCGCCGGCCAUCGCAGCCAUUCCAAAAUCGAUAGAAUCAAACCCAGACUCCGGCCCCCGUUCGUCCACCGCUUCGCACAACCGUCUCAAAACUGGAACGAUCAUAGCCAUUGUAGCCGGAGACAUCGCCGCUCUCGGAGCCAUUGCGCUGCUUUUCAUCUACCUCUACGGGUCCAAGAAACAGAGACCGGCAGAAUGCUCUAAAGAAAAGAAACCUCCGGAAAACGCGAAAUACUACGACUGGGCAUCGUCAUCGGCACCCUCUCCGGCGGAACACAGCUGGCUAAAACCAUUAGGCUGCCUGAAGAGCCAGAGCCGAACCGACACAGACGAGACCUCGGAAACGUCGAGCUCGGAGUCGCCGAAACAGAGCCACGUGGAAGCAGAGCAGCAGAAAACAGGGGAGGUAGUGACGCUAGACGGAGAGAAUGAGCUGGAGCUGGAAACGCUGCUGAAGGCGUCGGCGUUCAUACUGGGAGCGAGUGGGCCGAGCAUAAUGUACAAGGCGGUGCUGGAAGACGGGACGGCGCUGGCGGUCCGGCGGAUCGGAGAGAGCGGGGUGGAGCGGUUCAGGGAGUUCGAGACGCAGGUGCGGGUGAUAGCGAAGCUGGUGCACCCCAAUCUGGUGAGGAUCAGAGGGUUCUAUUGGGGCGCCGACGAGAAGCUGGUCAUCUAUGACUUCGUUCCAAAUGGCAGCCUCGCCAAUACACGUUACAGAAAAGCUGGGUGUUCACCUUGUCAUCUACCAUGGCGGUUAAGGCUCAAAAUUGCCAAAGGCGUGGCUCGUGGCCUGGCCUACAUCCACGACAAGAAACAUGUCCAUGGCAACCUAAAGCCCAGCAACAUACUAUUGGGCUCCGACAUGGAGCCCAAGAUCGGAGAUCUUGGGCUCGAGAGGCUCGUCCCUAGCGAAAGUGGCUACCGGGCUUGCGGAUCCGCUCGGAACUUCGGUAGCAAGCGGUCGACUGCUUCGCGGGAUAGCUUCCACGAUAAUGCAUCUGGGCCCACCCCUAGCCCAAGUCCAAGUGGAUUUGGGAUAUCACCUUAUCAGGCCCCAGAGUCACUCCGGAGCCUCAAGCCCAACCCAAAAUGGGAUGUGUUCUCUUUUGGUGUGAUCUUGCUGGAGUUUUUGAUUGGUAGAGUGAUUGUUUCUGACGAAAUGUGUCCUGGCUCGGUCAUGGAAGAUGCCAAGUUGGAGGAUGACGAUGAGAGAAGUAGGGUAUUGAAGAUUGCUGACGUGGCUAUCCGCGCUGAUGUGGAGGGAAGAGAAGAAGCUUUGUUGGCGCUCAUUAGGUUAGGGUACAGUUGUAUAUCUCACACCCCGCAGAAGAGACCGUCCAUGAAAGAAGUUCUUCAAGCACUUGAAAAGUUUCCAAUUAGGUCCUCUUUUUCAUCGUCGUCCCCGCCAUACUAUUUUUAACCAAUUUUCUUGAUUAAGAUCAUUAUUAUAGUAAAAGAUAGUGUCACACCCCAUGACCUUAUCCAAAUUUAAUGUUGAGUUGAGUCCAUGUACAUAAAGAAAAUCAAACAUGUGAAGUUGG